GCUGUCCGGAAGUGCUGCAGCUGCCGCUUCGCAUCGCCACGCUCUGACCCGGUCCUGCUGCUGCCGCCAGGUGAGGCCGUAAGGGCGUGGGGGCUUCGGGCAGCCCGCGAGGGGCGGCUGGGAGCGGGGCCUGCCGCCAGACUGGGGGCUGAGGCUCAAGCUGAACGUGGAGCAGCGGGGCCUCCUGCCUGUUUGGGUGUGCUGCUGUGGGCACGGCUGCGGGGGGGACCGGCGGCCUCGGCCCCACAACCCCUCUUCGGCCGUUUCCUCGUUGCUAUUGAGAGCUCGCAUAGCUGGAAAAGCUUGGGAUAUCUGAAGGAGGCUGUCUUUGCUUUCUUAUGUUUGGGAGUAAUUGUGGCUACAACAAAUCUGCUAGGGAUAGUCUCCCAUAACGUUCUCAUAGGUAAGCUUAGGGGGUGUAGGACAGAGAGUGGACAGUGAGGUGGACUGAGAAGUGGCUUUCUGGUAGAGCUCAGAGGGCUGUGAUCAGCAGUACAGAGUGGUUGGAGGCCUGUAGCCACUGGUGUUCUCCAGGGGUCGGUGCUGGGUCAGGUCUCGUUUAACAUCUUCAUCUAUUACCUGAACGGGAAGAUAAGAGUGCACUCUCAUCAAGUUUGCUGAUGAUGUGAUGCUGGGAGGAGUGGCUGACGCACCAGAAGGCUGUGUUGCCAUUCAGCGGAGCAGAACCUGAUGAGGAUCAACAAGGAUGAGCCCAGAGUCCUACAUCUGGAGAGGAAUAACCAUAUGCAUCAGAACAAACUGGGGGCUGGCCUGCUGGAAAGGAGCUCUGCAGAGAAGGACCUGCACAUGCUGGUAGACAGUGGGUUGGCCAUGAGCUAGCAGUACACCCUUGUGGACAAGAAGGCCAAUGGGAUCUUGGGGUGCAGUAACAAGAGUGUGGCCAGCAGGGAAGGAUCCUCCCCCUCUUCUCUGCCGUAGUGAGGCCACAUCUGGAGUGCCCUGUCCGGUUCUGGGCUCCUUAGUUCAAGAAAGACAGGGAAUUUCUAGAGAGAGUCUGGCAGAAGGCCACAGGGAUCAUGAGAAGCCUAGAGCAUCUUAUGAGAAAAGGCUGAGAGCCCUGAGGCUGUUCAGCCUGGAGAAGAAACGGAUCGGGUGAAUCUUACCACUGCUUAUAAAUAUCUAAAGGGUGGGAGUCAGUCAAGUGGAUGGGGCCAGGCUCUUUUUGGUGGUGCCCAGCAGCAGGACAAGGGGCAGUGGGCACAAACUGGAAUACAGGAACUUCCAUCUGAACAUGAGGAAAAUCUCCUUUACUGUAAGAGUGACAGAGCACUGGAACAGGCUGUCCAGAGAGAUUGUGCAGUCUCCUACUCUGGAGGUAUUAAAAACCCACCUGGAUGUUUUCCUGUGUGACCUGCUGUAAGGGAACCUGCUUUAGUGGUGGUUUGGACUGGAUUAUUUCCAGAGGCCCCUUCCAAAUUCUACAAUUCUGUGAUUUUUUUUUUUAAAUUAUUUUAUUUUUUGUGGCAGAUGACUGGUUUUCACUCUACCCCAUAAGUAGAGGGUUUGUUCAGUCAUGAAAACGAGGUAUCACAGCAGGUUUUACAACCUAUACAAGAAGUGGUCAGGAAUUCUUAUUAACAAAGAAAGUAUAGAGAUGGCCUUCAAGACUAGGUGAGCUAACAAAGUGCUUUGGACGAGUGCAGUCUGGUAUGCAUGGAGCUUUUACACAGAGCUGCUGUGGAGUGUGCUGGGCAUUUCAGCUCUUCCAGACUCCUCCCCUCCAAGCCCUGUGAGCUGACAGGCUGUGCCUGAUGCUGUAACCAACUGCACGGAUAGAACUUGGGAGCCAGCUUUGAGGAUGACUUUUGAGCUUGAUGACUGAAGAGAAGGUGUCUGUUAUAUCCUAGCGUAAUAAUGUUCUGAAAUAAGUGUUAUAUUAAAAGUCAGUACUAAGUUUUAAAAAGAGACUUUAUUGGUGACUGUGAUUGGUUUUAUUUUGAAUGAUAGACAUUCAUCAUCAUUAUAAAGAAAAUGUUGAAAAUGCGAGGCUGUUUUCUGCAGCGUAACUUUUGGUCAGAGUCUCUCAACAGAUCCAGCCUGUUACCAUUAAUGGGAUGUCAAGUUUUAUUAUUGCCUAGCUCAAGCUGUUUACUUACUCAGCUUUAUCUCCUUCUGGGGUUUAUCUUUUCCCCAGAGGGGAGGAGCAUAAGAUGACUUCCAUUGUUUCUGUAGCUCGUUAUCCAUUGCCUGCCUAAGGAAGUGAAUGUGCAAGCAGCACAGUGCUGCUACCGCCUCUCUAGUCCAGUGUCUGCAAUGUACUGACUUAUUCAGGAAGAUUUUUACAUGUGAAGAAAAGUUGUUGGAAAUAUCUUGUCUGAAGGACGCAAGCUCUUACAUUAGAAGUUUCUCAGUUUCCAAAACAAGUCCCAGACAGAUUGAUGCUCUGUAUUAAACAGAUGAAACUAAUGUGUGUUGUGACUUGUGCUAUCCAGUGUGAAGUAUUUCCAUUCAUUUUAUCUACUGAUACUCGUCUGUUUUCAGUCUGAACUUAUCCCAUCUCUAUUCCAGUAGUAUGAUGUAUUUCACCUUUUAUUUUUAAUAAAUAAUCCAAUGAGUUUGUCAGAUGAAGUCCUGUUCUCACCUAGAUUAGUGAGUCUAGUGCUUGACUCCAGCGAAGUCCUCAUUCAUUGUCAUUCCCUGCUGUACACGUGGAGAUAACGCUAAGCACGAGCGCUUGGAACCUUUUCCAUCGCAAGUUGAUCUUUCUGGCUGGCUGAAUUGGUGGCCUUGUUUCUUCUGAACGUGUUCCAAUUUAUCGCCCUGUUUCUAAUGGAAUUUCCCAGAGCUGUGUGCAGGUCUAUUUCAGGCAUAGCUGCACCAAUCCUAUGAGAUGCUUCUCCAUACACAGGCUGACACUCAAAGGUCUCUGAGUGCAAGAGUCAUGUCUCUCUGUUCUCUGUGGCUGCCUCCCAGGUCUGGUUUAGAGAAACUUAAAAAAUAGCAUAGAAGUAAAAUGUGCUCUUUGUUUACUUUUUGUAGCUUUGAGCAUAUUGCCUGUUCUUUAUUUCAGAAAACAGUUACAGAUGCUGUUUAGCACAGUGAAACUCAUUGGUUAUUCAGAGUUUAACAGUAACUUGUGUGGCUGCUUUUGUUCAGGCAGAACAGACUGAAGCAGCACGCAACUCUUGACUGCAGCUCCCCUUAUUGUCAGCUGCCUUCACUGGUAUCUAGAUGUCAGGAGUUCAUAUUUAUUUGCUGAAAUGUUGUUGGAGGCCAGGCGUUUCAGAUAGCUUGUGGUCAGUGAGUGUAAUGCAGAGAACCUCAGCGCUGCCGACUGAUGCACAGUUGCAUUUCAUCAGCUAUUUUUAGUUUGGGACAUAAUGGUUUGUUUUGUACGUCAGAAGGACGCUGUGUAUCAACCUAAGGUUUAAAAGGGUGGAAGUAGCAGAGGAGGUCAGUAACGCUCUUUGUAGUCGUGUGGGGAAGGACGUAACCAUGGAAUAUCCUUUUCUGAUCCAGACAGCUGGUACUGCGUGCCAUGUACCUGACAUUAAGCAAGAGCCAACAGCCAACAUGUCUAGCAAAAGGGCAAAGACGAAGACCACCAAGAAGCGCCCUCAGCGCGCCACGUCCAAUGUAUUUGCCAUGUUUGAUCAGUCCCAGAUCCAGGAAUUCAAGGAGGCCUUCAACAUGAUUGAUCAGAACAGGGAUGGCUUCAUUGACAAGGAGGACUUGCACGACAUGCUUGCCUCCCUCGGGAAGAACCCAACGGAUGAAUACCUGGAUGCCAUGAUGAACGAGGCUCCAGGGCCCAUCAACUUCACAAUGUUCCUCACAAUGUUUGGUGAGAAACUCAAUGGCACUGAUCCGGAAGAUGUCAUCAGGAAUGCUUUUGCUUGCUUUGACGAAGAAGCAACAGGGUUUAUUCAAGAAGACUACCUGCGGGAGCUGCUGACCACGAUGGGAGACAGGUUCACAGAUGAAGAGGUAGAUGAGCUCUACAGAGAGGCACCAAUCGACAAAAAGGGCAAUUUCAACUACAUUGAAUUCACGCGCAUCCUUAAACAUGGAGCAAAAGACAAGGAUGACUGAGCAAAUCCCUGGACACCUACCUGCAGAUUUUCUCUACUUUACACUCAUGUUUAUUUUUGAGGGGGUUUUCCUGGUAGAACUUGUUGCAUGCAUUUAGCUUUACAACUUUUGCCUUUCUUAAUGUAUUUAUCUAUUCCGGACCAUUUAGGCACAACUGCACCUGUGUAAUCAGACUGGAAGUUGGGAAAAUACUGUAAGGAGAAGGAGAUAGGGACAAAGAUAAGUGAACUUUGAAGUCCAAGAAAAUAAUCUCAGUGUUUCUGGUUUGGCUGGAUUUUUACAUUUUUUGUAAUAAAUGGCAUUUUGAAAUAAAGAUUGCUAUAUAGAUAAAAAAAAAAAAACCUCA